AUGGCGAAUGACUUGGCGUCCGAGGCGGACGUGCGCUUUGAAUCCGAAGGCCUGGAAAGUCCAGACCAGGCAGUCGUGAAAGUUGGCGCCGAUGAAGAAGAGCAAGAUGGUGCAGGCGACGAAGAAGCAGAGGCUGAGCAAGCACGGUGGCAGUCGAUGUUCCAUCAUGCUGAUCCAGGGUCUUCACACGGGGCCGUCCACGCCUUCUUUGAUUUUCUGGAUCAUAUCAGCGAAAAAAUCCGGGAUGAGAUGGAGUCGACCUUCGCACAUUUAGGUCUUCUUCUUGCUGACCAUGCUUGCAAGUUUUGCUUGGGCGGCAUCAUAUUUGCGCUGGUUUGCAUGUCAGGGCUUCCUUUGAUCACAUUCGAAAGAGAUAUCUACGAACUUGUUCUUGAACAGAACUCACCAGCUGCGCUGGAUCAUUUUGAAGGGCAAGAUAUUUUCAAGAACAAUUUGUCGGAAAGUGACCGUGCUAUGAGCGUCCUCUAUACGCUGCCCAACGGCAAGAACAUCUUGGACUCGCCAUACUUUGAAGAAGCCCUUGCAAUUCACAAUGAGAUCAAGAAUAACGUAACCUCAAAGGAGCGGAAGGAAACGUAUGACCAAGAUUGCAUCCGUUUCUUCGACAAUCCAAACGAGUCGUGCAUUGUGUUUUGCCCAUUGGACCUGCCGUAUCAGGUUGCACUUCACAAGGGGGGGAGAGGAUUCCGCAACUCUACAUACACAAUGAUGGGUGACCGAGCACGCGUGGAGCAAAAUCUGAGUCCAGAAGACGACCAUGGGCAUUUCGAGUUUUCAGAUGGCUUCAUGUGCAAAUAUGAGUCCAGCUCGAAUGAUUGGAAGUUCGGAGCUGUGCUUUGGGCACAAGAACGGCGCGCAAGCUCUACGGGUAAUGUCCGAAUCUCGGCUUACAGCUCAGCAUUCGCUACAGAGGAAGUGUUCCGUGGCUCUCUCCAAGAAGGGCACUUGUUCGCCUUGGCCUUUGUGGUCGUUUGGUUGGGCUGCGGCGGUGCGAUGCAUUUCAUCAACUUUGAGAACCAUUCAUGGGUCAAUCCAACCAACUGGUUCACUGCGACUAUAUGUAUUGUGAGUGCGGGUCUUGCAAUGUUGUCUGCUUUGGGCUUAUGUGGCUACUUGACCCUUCAGGGGCUGAAGGUUUCAACUUCAUCAUUGUUCGUGUCCUUCUUGAUCCUUGGCAUUGCCGUCGACGACAUGAUGAUCCUUGCUGGGCUUUUCUUCGAAGCACCCAAGGAUCAUACAUUGGCAGAACGGCUGGCUGCCAGCUUUGGCUCAGCAGCAGCAUCCAUUACCUUGACGAGCAUUACUACAUUGGCAGGCUUCCUUGCGGGGUCAGCAGUGGACAUGGUAUGGAUCAAAUCUUUCACUCAGGUGGGGGCACUUGCAGUGAUAGCAGACUAUAUCAUCCAGCUCACCUUCUUUUCAGGAGCCUUUGCCGCAUUCCAGCGAGGAUACGGCAAACUGCAUGCAUCCACAAAGGAUCGAGGUCAUGCUCAUUCGGCGUUGGAGAAGUAUGCCAGGUGGUCUGCACAUAGCACAGUAUGCAAAGGGCUGACAUUCUUUCUCUUCAUUGCAGUGAUCUUUGUGUCACUCUAUGGAACACAGAGAUUGGAGGCGUCCUUUCAUCAAAAGGUGAAUAUGCCCGAUGAUUCCCACUACCACGAGUAUCUACAAGAUGGACUUGAUUACAUGGGACAAUACGGUCAAAAUAGUGUGUACCUUAUGAUGCAACAUCAAGUUCUGCCAGGACCAGAUGUCAUGCGAGCUACUGCAGAGUAUGCACAGCGGAUUAGAGAACUUAAUGGGCAAAAGGCAUACAAAUCAGCAGCAACAGAUUGGACCGUGGCUAUGCAACUUUGGAUGUCUAUCCAGUCCAACGCAGAACGUUUGAGGGUCCGCACAAAUGCCACAACCUUUGGAGUGGCUCUUGGAGAGUCUUUGGACGGCACACUUCGGAGCCAGUUCUUUACUUUGGCAACGCAGUGGCAGGGUGUUGCCAUGGCCUACUUGUCCAGUGGCCUUGCUGUGCAAUCCGCUUUGGCAGAAAUACAUGGCAUGGCUCAAGACCUGCAGCUCGGGCCACACCAAGCGCUCACAAACACCAGCACCACCCUGCGUGAAGUCCAGGUUGCCCUUAACACAACUCGCUACAGCUACGGCAACUAUACUCAGGAGCUUGGUGCUGGCUUGCGCAGUGCGCUUGAUGCUGCCCUUGUGCAUCUUUAUGCUGCAGCUGAUGCAUAUGAGUCCGGAGGCAGCUUUUCUGCAGCGGAGAGUCUCUUGCAGCAGGCUGCAACUGCAUUCAACUCAUCAACUCCAGCCAACACGCUGAAUGUUACUGCAAUUGACCAUUUGGACGAGGUAGCAACGCAUUUGCUGGAGUCGGUGUACGCAUUCAAUGCCUCAGUUGGAGUGCGCCUUCAGAGAAUGGCCGCCUCUUUGAAUUUUGCGGCUGUGAGCUUCUACGAGGCCUUGCCCAGCGAUGACCGACUUUUGGGCAAAUACAAUGUGCAGUUCGGGCAACGAGAAUUUCUGCGAAGGCUUGGCGACUUGUUCAAGUACUUCGCGGAUCCAUACACCGAAGUCGUUUUCAAGCAGUGGUGGAACACAACGAUGUUUCCAAUGGAGUCGGUUGGCAUCUACGCACGAAAUACUGCAAAGACAUUGAAAGCAAUGCAACAAGCGGCAGAGACUUUUGCUGCAUCUGAUCCUUUGAGUCCGUUGGCAACCACUUGCAAUGAACUUCGGGUGGCUUUGAGUGCUUCGCCGAAUGCUGCCUUCAAUGCUGCUGCCACCAAAGCUUUCGCAGUGCUUGUGGAGUCUGCAGCAAAGCAUGCAGGAGACGAGGUGAGCUUGGCUCAUCUUGAGCAGCACUACGAGUCGGGGGCCUUGAGAGAUUCAGGAGAAGAUGACAAGUGUUCUCCACAAGAGGUUGCUCUUGAAAGCUUGCGCCGUGGUCUGGCUUAUGGAGUUGCUCAGUACCGAUCUACUGCCAUGUGGAAUGCUUAUUCAAACUUUUCUAUGGCAGAAGCACGCAGAUGGUUGACCAGCAUUGUAGGACAGGUCACAGACCUGAACACGCCACAAGCGGUCACUGCGACUCGAAGGUUUGCUGGUCAUCAGUGGCUUUCGCUGGCAGGCGAACGAGACCAGGUGUCACGUGAGCGAGAGGCAGAGCGCAGGGCGCAACGGGCCCAGCGUGCGGUGGACGCUGCACGCCGCUCGCGCUUGGCCAGGGAGGCAGCCUUCGAAGUCUGGGAAGAUGUGGACAACUAUGAGGAGAGCUUCGGAAGCGAGAUGGAGAAUGUGGUUUUCAAUGAGGAUCUGAAGCCAGGUUUGCUGCGAGCUUCCGAGGUGAGGCGUCCAGGAUUCCCACGAACCGUGACCGCAAACCAAUCUUGGCAGCUCUUUCAAUCUUUCCUCAGCAAAGACUUCCAGACGAAGCUGCUCGAUGAUUUGGAGGACGCGGAUCCAACAGAACAAGGCACCGUGUUGCUGAAUGGCCAGAUCAAUUCACAAAUGAGAAGAAUUCGGCGAGCCAGCGCGCGGGAGCGAAGCUUUGAGAAACGAAUGUGGAGUCGGUCUGCAGCUACGUGGGAAGCGAAGGAAUCUUUUCUCGCUGCCUUCAACCUUGAUGACAUGCUUCAGGAGAGGCAAGCAGCAAGGGAUUCCAGGUAUGGCGAGAGAGAUGAAGAUUACUUUCUUUCCAUCAGAGAUUAUGGCAUUCCUGAUGGUAACUUGCCAGGUGAGCUUCUAGGCUAUGACACCAAAAGGGUCAAGUCAGCAGAGCUCCUCUCCAAGGAGGCAGGAGUUUCAGAGGAGGCAUGGCAGCGCAUGGAUGACCAGGCCGAGGUCCAGAACGAGUCAGCGCAAGAGAAGAGGACAUCUCUCACUGGACUUCUUGAAGCUUUCGUGGUUGGUAAGAGGACUACGCCGAAAGAAGAUGAUCUGAAGGUUCAGAUUGCGGAGCUGCACAAUGAUGACUUGAAGCAAAGCGCAGCUCGACGUGAGGAACUUGAAGAUCUCCGGGAUGCUAUUCGCUUGAGUCAAAUUGAGGAUGGACUUGCUUAUGACUUCUUUGCGCAAAGUGGAGAGUGGUUGAGGUCCCUUGGUUUGCUCAACAACCUCACCUCAAUGUCUACAAUCUAUCCAGAGCUAUACAUGGCAUUUUUGGGUCAGGCACGCAGACAUUUGGAUGAGAUGGAGCGAGACAUGAGCUACAAAUCCGGUACCUUGGGUGAUAUGGACUUCAACACCUUGAGCACAGACCUUGGGUACGUGGCGUCCAACUUGACCCAAUCGAUUGUGACUCUGUUGCUCAACCAAAGUGGGAUCGAUACAUUAGACACUGCCAAAGUCUUCAUGGAUGCGGCGGUUGUGAACCAGGCUAUGUCUGCUUACAUUAAGCCAGACAUUGUGGUGGAAGAAGAUGCCGGUCGAGACCAACAGGGUUUGCUGCGAGUUUAUUGGACAAGAGUGAAAGUCGGAUUCCGAGCAAAAAAUAUGUGGACGGAGGAUGGCUUUGAAGAGGACUAUCGUGCAAGCUUGGAAGCGAGGCGAUUGGCCGCAGAAUGGGCUGCAAAUGUACAGAAACUGCAAGAACGUCAUACCAACUAUUGGAAGGAUAUUUCGAUGGGCGACCCGUGGGAGAUCGGAAAAGCGUUCUCCUCGGGGCAAGUCUUCAGAAACCUUGACUCUAAGCAAACAUUGUUGGGCAACGUGAUGACAAGCUUGAUCUACGUGAACAUUUUGAUGGCAGCCUUUUGCUUCAUAUUCCUGGGGCCACGACUGGGGCUGCUUUUGUUGCCUUGCAUCGCUUUGAUGACGUUGGUGAUAUUUGGUUUCUAUGGCAUUUGCGGAUUCAAGAUCGAUCCAAUCUUGGCUCUUGCCUUGCUCCUUUCGUCGGGCACGACCAUUGAUUUUAUCCUUCAUUUUGUUAUGGCAGCGGCCGCUUGCAGCCCUUCCAAUCCCAAUAUUCAUGUUUCUGGCUCUCAGAGAUACAUUGUGGCAAUGAAGAGCGCAGGGGUAGGAAUUUUUGCUUCUUAUGCUACAACAAUGCUUGGCAUUAUCCCCAUGGCAUUUGCCCGAUUGAGUGCUAUCAGGUCACUCUUCUUUGCAUAUGUUAUCAGCUUGAAUGUGGGGGUUUUCUUUGGUUUGGUCUUCAUCCCUUUGGUCUCCAUCUACGUCUACGGAGUUGAUCUUGCUCCUAGAGGAGCCAAGAAAAAAACUGAGAAGGCUGAAGAGCAUGAAGUGCACGGCGCCGGAGCCCGCUUGGCGAAGAAAAGGAACAGUGUCACAGAGACGCAGCAACCGUUGGCCGAAAUGCACAUUUGA